AUGACAGUCGUCACAUUGUUAACCACUAACAUUGAACGUAACAGCAAUGGCAGUCUCAGAAACGUCGUCUCGAAAGAUAAACCCACAUCGCCAGAUAACAUCGAUGAGGCACUUGGAUUUUUCUUCAACGGUGCCGAGUAUUUGUUGUCGGCUGUGAGGUCCGCUGUGGAUGGCAACUCGACAGUUGCGCCAGCUGUGUCUCAUUCCUUGAUUAAAGUGAAGGAUCGCAUGCAAAUCUUAUUGUCCGAGUUUGAACAUCACUUACAGGGAAUAGAAAUUAAAAAGCUGUUAUCGAUGCCAAUCAUCAACAAUCAUAAUUUCUCGUACAACCACAAUCGUGAAGACAUCUGCUCUCAGAAAGACAUAAAGAUAAUCUUUGUAGUACCGUCUGCUCCUGGUAACGUUGAGAAACGCCAAACUGUACGAAACGGGAACACAGGAGAGUACGUCAAAAACAAUACACAUAAUGCAACUUUAUUAUUUUUCAUUGGCAGACCUUCUAGAAAAGAAAAUUAUACAGCCCUUCAGAAUACAAUUGACGAAGAAGUUCAAGAAUUCCAAGAUAUUAUCCAAGAGGAUUUUGAAGAUGUUUACAGCAACAACAGACUGAAGUCCGUAUCAAUGUUGAGAUGGAUAAGCACAUACUGUAGCAACGCUAAAUUUGUCAUUCGUUCAGACGACGACGUCAAUGUUAAAGUUACUUCAGCUGUAGAAGCGGCUGAAAGAACUGCACAGAAGCUGAACAACUUCAUAAUAGGACAUAAGCGGGUGGAAGAUCGACCCGCACGCAACGUCGGAAACAAAUAUUACCUCUCAAAAAAGGAGUAUCCACAACAGAUGUUUCCUCCUUACCUCCUUGGUGGGCUUCUGGUCUACCCCGUGAGUACAGCCAAACUUCUGUACCAAGCCGCGCUAAGAGUGGAGCCUAUUUGGCUAGAAGAUGUGUAUAUCACUGGAAUUUGUGCCUCAAAACUCUACAUCCCAGUUCUCUCAGAUCCCGGAGUUGUUUUUCAACAUCGGAAGCCUAAAUAG